UAUCAACCGCGAAACACCGUACUUACCUCUUUUCUGCAAAUGGUAUUAAGCGUUAGAAUCACAAAGCUAUGGUGCUCUCAACGAUCACUCUUCGCCACUUCUCAUCGCCUCUGUGUCAAACUCCCUUUCUCAUCUUUAUCUAAAUCCAAGGUAUUGUAUUCUGUUAAUGAGGAAUGUGAUGAUGAUUUUUUGCCGUGGUUGGAGAGGAAAGCUGGAGUUGAGAUUUCGUCUGCACUUUCUAUUGCGAAAUCUGCAUAUGGCAGAUCACUAUUUGCUUCAAAGAAGAUACGGACUGGAGACUGUAUAUUGAGAGUUCCUUACAAUGUGCAAAUAGCACCAGAUAAUCUUCUUCCAAAAAUCCGAUCUUUGUUAGGUGAUGAAGUGGGCAAUGUUGCAAAGGUUGCUAUUGUCAUCUUAUUUGAGCAGAAAUUAAACCAGGAUUCGGAGUGGGCCCCUUACAUCGGUAGACUUCCUCAGCUUGGGGAAAUGCAUAACACAAUAUUCUGGAGUGAAGAUGAGUUAGAUAUGGUUCGUCAAAGUUCAUUAUAUCAAGAAACAGUCAAUAAAAAUAUUCAAAUUGAAAAAGUUUUUUUGGCAAUUAAACAAGCUCUUGAACACUUCCCUGAAGUUGAUCAUAUCACACUAAAGGAUUUCAUGCAUGCAUAUGCUUUAGUUGAAUCUCGAGCAUGGGGAAGCACAAAGGGCGUGUCUCUGAUUCCAUUUGCAGAUUUUUUUAAUCAUGAUGGGCUUUCAAAAGCAGUUGUAUUAAAUGAUGAUGACAAACAAUUGUCGGAGGCCUUUGCUGAUCGCGAUUAUGCACCUAGUGAAGAGGUACUGAUAAGAUACGGAAAAUUCCCAAACGCUACAUUGCUGUUGGAUUUUGGUUUUACGCUUCCUUACAAUAGGCAUGAUGAGGUCCAGAUCCAUAUUAAUAUACCCGAUCAUGAUCCUCUACGUGAAAUGAAGUUGGAACUUUUGCAAAGACAUCGUCUACCAUGCAUUAAAGAUGUCAAUGGGUUCAACUCUUCUAGGGAUUCUUUCACAAUCAAGGAAAUAAAGUAUGCCGGAGGAAAAGGGAAGGGUAUUCCACAAUCACUUCGGGCAUUUGCUCGUAUUCUAAGUUGCUCCACCCCUCAAGAACUCUGUGGUCUGGUCACAGAAGCUGAAAAAAAUGAUGGUCGGCUGGCUCGGCAUCCUUUUAGAAACAGCGGCCAAGAGAUCCUGGCGCAUAAAAUCCUUUUGUCAGAAAUCACUAGAUUAAUUGAGGAAUACAAUGCUUCUAUUGAGUCCUUGGAGCAUGUUCUGUCUCCUCCAACAUGCAAAAGAUUUGCUCUCCGAAAGAAAAUGGCUCAAGAUCUUCUCGUUGGUGAGCUUCGUGUCCUCGAGUCUGCAUCUGCUUGGCUGAAGAAUUAUUGUGCAACCUUGACAUCUACAUUUAACCUUUAGUAAUGACAUAACUCAUCAAAGAUCUAUCCAUGGAGAAGGGAAAAAAGAA